GUCGUCCUGCUCCUUCGCGGCUCGUCCGUUUCACCGCCGACACCGCCGCGGGCACACAUUGGCGAAUUCAGUGUCGUGUCGCGUGCACUGCGAACAGGAUAUAAUUUCGUUCGCCGCGAUCCGCCACCGCCGUCGUACCACCGACUCCGCCGCCGCCGCGUUUACGCCACGAUAAUAAUAUAUGAUUUCCGACCUUUUCCGCUCACAUACUUUGGCCACAUAAUAUAAAUAAUAUGUAUACAUUAUUAUUAUAAUAUAAUAAAAUAAACCGAAAUGUUAUUGUGUUUCCGUCAUUUCGUCCACCCCGUGCACGCAGCGUACUACAACAAUAAUAAUCAUAACAAUGAUAAUAAUAUUUAUUAAAAUUUAAAACGUAAUAGAUUAUUAUUUUACAAUAUUUUAAAUUUUUGAAUAUUUUUUUUAACUUACCUCCCCCGUUCGAUUUUCUCACACCAUUAUCCCGUGCAACACUACCGGUUGCAAUACGCUACGAUUAUCGUCGAGAUCAGAAUCUAAUCGAGUCAUCCUAACACGGAGCCACUAACUUUGGGUACUGAUGAAUAUUUCAUACACGAAUUUUGGUACAUUCAUUAUACAUCCUAAACAUAGCUUUUCCUAACAAAAUGGUCCAUGCUGUUUUUACUCUCGAAACUAGAGGUUGUACCUAUUUGUGUGCUGGAUAUGUUCUAAUAUCAAUACACAUUUACUGUACUGGUUCUUAAAACAUCUUUGUUCAAUGGAUACAAUACAUCUAUCAACUUCUGUAGUGUCCGUCGAUAAAACAACAUCUUCUUAAAGCACGGUUAAAAAACACAUUGACAAUGAAAACGUGCUCCAUCCUGCUUGGCGUACUAAGCUGUUGGUACAUAUUGACGUCGAAAAUGGUGAAAUCUGAUUCCGGAACUUCUACUAAAGGCAGAAUAGAUCAUUGCAAUAAAACUGUUGAUAUCUAUGAAGAUAUCACUAGUCCGGAAGUAACGUCAUCGAAUUUUGGCAAACCACUUUACUGUUCAUACAGAUUUCGUUCAUUUAAAGGAACGCCUAAAGACUAUAUUCUUCGAAUUAGAUUUAAAAAAUUUAAAUUUGGAGUAUUAGUCAAUGGAACAUAUUGUCAAGGAGGAUUCAUGCAGAUACUUGAUCAUGCGGGAAAAGGUAACGCCGCAACUAUUACAUCUAAAAAAGAAGUUCCAGGAUCAUAUUGUGGUGAAAUAGAACAACCGCAAACAUUCUUAUCGGAAACGAGUUCAGUUCGAGUUAUUUUUCAGACAAAUAACUUUACAGAUCAAACUUAUUACAGUUUCGAUUCAAGAGCUGAACAAGAAACUCAAGUUUACUUGCGAUAUGGACAACAUCCGGAACUCUAUCCUAAUAGAAGAGGAUUGCUGAACCCUGGGAGCUAUUGUGAUAGGACAUUUAAAGAAUGUCGACUGCAAACGUGUUAUGUCCAAAGCCCAGCGUAUCCAGGAGUGUAUCCUAGAAAUCUCAAGUGCAAUUAUUGGCUGAAUACUAAAAAUCCGUUUAUUCGUCUGUACAUACAAAACGAAGAAUUCAACGUGGACGGUCAGCGAUGUGAAAAUAUUAUCACAUGCCCCAUGAGACCGAUCACGUCAGGAGCCGAGUAUUGCCCGUAUGAUUAUAUAAAAAUAUAUGACGGUAAAAAUGCAUCUAGCCCAGAGAUUGGAACUUUUUGUGGAAUGGGCAAAUUUCCCCAUUCAAUUGUUGGUACGAGUGAAGACUUAUUUGUGGAGUUUGUAACAUCAUCAGCAGGCCCACUUUUAAAUACUGGCUUUCACUUUAACGUUGGUAAUAUGCCCGGUCACAUGCAGACCGCCGGUGAAAAAAAUGGUACUUGCGAUUGGAUAUUAUCGAGUGAACAUUUGAGCAGAGAUCACCAUACCGAAGGGAUAUUCAUGUCGAUCGCUCACUGGUAUCCUCCGCACACCUCCUGCACUUAUCAUUUACUAGGGCUGCCGAAUCAAGUAGUUCGAGUUUAUUUUCCCAGCUUUCGAGUAAAUAGCAUCGAGAGUCCUGUGACGAGUGACUGGACCGGCGACUGCGGAGAAAGCUUAACUCUCUACGAUGCCGCAGGACCAGAUGAUACGAGAAUUAUAAAAACAUUUUGUGACACGUUUUCCAAGCCGGCUGAAAAACACGAUUUCAUAUCAACGGGAAAUUCCAUGUUUAUCCGAUUUGAAAGCAAGACCGGCAGUUAUUCUGGGUCGUCGUUGUAUUAUUGGGCUCACUAUGACUUUUUCAACGACACAAAAUUCGGUACAGCAAUACCAGAUACAGUGUGUGACGAAGAAUUCGUUAGUUGGAAACCAUCGUCGGGAUAUUUCAGAUCACCAGUGAACACACUGGUCUACAAACGACAAGGAACGGUUACAGAUCCUGAUGCUAAAUCUCAACCAAUAGUUUGUCAUUAUAAAUUUACGACAGACGUUCGGUUAUUUGCCCGAAUUGUUUUGAAAAUUGAGUCGAUUAAAUUCAAGGACCACAAUUAUAGGACGCCCAUUGAAAAGGACAACGACUGUUGGUACAGCGAACGGGACAAGCUACUGGUAUGGGAGCCGGAAGAGAUCGACGCAGGUUUCGGGCUGAACCGGACGGUCAUCAAUCAAUCGAACACCAACAACGGUCUGUGUUUGUUCAACAACGUAAACAAAACGAGAUCAACGCCGUCGGACCCUCACGCGGGCGAAAUAAAAUUCGUCUCGUCCGGCAACUCAUUGAACGUCGAGCUGAAUCUGAACCCCCUGCACGCGGCCCUGAGCUAUUUCAAGUACGAUGUGCCGUUGUUCGAGGCCAGAUACGAAUUCGUGCACGGUCCCCUGUGCGGGCCGUCCGUCAUACAGCCGGUCGACGAAGGCGAACUAGUGUUUCCGCGGUUCGACGCCAUGGGAUUUGUAGAGCCGCCGAAAACGCUCGAAUGUAUUUGGGAGAUACGCGUUCACGAGGACCGGGAUUUGUGGUUACAUUUUAAUCAGGUAAACUUCGUGACGGACGACUGUCAGGACGGCCGGCUGGAGGUGUACUUGCCAUCCAGGUCGGUGGACUACCCGUUCAUGUCGGCGUGCGGACACAACUCCACGGCGCUCAAAGACCUGCCGCUGUUGACUUCCAAGGACGUUGAAGAGGCCGCCGACAAGUCGUCGCCGACGACCGGCGGUGCAGAGUCUCAGCGGCACGACAACCGGUCGCGGCGAAGGCGGCGACAGCGGCGGCGCUACGUGCACGUCCGGUUCGUGGGCAACGCUUACCCGCACAAGGCGCAGUUCAAGAUCGCUUGGUCCGAGCUGAGCCACUUACCUCGGAACCCAGACGGGACGCCGCGGGCCGCCCGGCGCACUUCCGACGCCGACGACGAAUGCGCGUUCCUGUGUCCGGGCGACGAGCGACUGUGCCUGCCCGCCCGGGCUGUGUGCAACGGCGUGAUUAACUGCCCGGGUGCUCCCAACGACGAAUCGCCGGACACAUGCGAACGCUGGAACCACGGGUUGGCUCCGUCCACCGACGUCGGUGGCCGCGGAGCCCCGGCGGCUGUCGCGCUGUUCGCCGCCGUCACGGCGGCCAUUGCUGUCUUCGGAGCGGCGCUGUUCGUGGCCAGCACUUACUGUCGCCGCCGGCGCCAACUACUCCGAAGUGGCCGACCCGCAGCGUCCGGUCGUCGAGCUAUGGUCGCUGGUGGCAGGUCAACCGACCGCAUUUAUUCCACGGACUAUUAAAAACGAAUAUAAUCGGAUAAUCCUAUGGAUGUCUGCGGAUCAUCGUCGACAAUUCCCACACAUACCAACUAUCUAUACGACAAAUGAAUUAAUCGCACAUGAUCAUUAUAAUUUUUUUUUUUUGUAAUUAAGUAUUAACUAUGAA